CUACAAAAUUAAACCGGACAAGAAUGUUGCGGAAGUUAUCCUCUCCUAAUACACAAUUUUGCAAACAGUCACCAUUAUCUAAGUACGGUGAAUUCUCUGUGUAGUAUUGGCUGUAUUGCUGUGCAGCCAUGGGGAAGUCGUUUGCAAAUUUCAUGUGUAAGAAGGAUUUUCAUCCUGCUUCAAAAUCCAAUAUAAAGAAGGUAUGGAUUGCGGAGCAGAAGUUGACGUUCGAGAAGAAGAAGCAAGAGGAUCUGAUGCAAGCAUAUCUGAAAGAACAGGACACUUAUAACAACAGAUUGUUGAUGGGUGAUAAUCGUGUGAAGAAUGGCCUCAACUUUAUGUACGAGGCACCACCAGGAGCAUCGAAAGAGGAGACAAAGGAGGAGGGGGAAUCAGAGUACAAGUUUGAGUGGCAAAAAGUAGCGCCACGAGAGAAGUAUGCAAAGGAUGACAUGAACAUCAGAGAUCAGCCUUUUGGAAUUCAGGUGCGCAAUGUCAGGUGCAUCAAGUGCCAUAAGUGGGGCCACGUGAACACGGACAGGGAGUGCCCGCUUUUCGGCCUGUCUGGGAUCAACGCCAGCUCCGUGGCCACUGAUGGUGCAGGUCCGUCGAUGCACCCCUCCGAGCUAAUGGCUGAGAUGCGAAACAGUGGGUUUGCGCUGAAGCAGAGCGUGUUGGGGAGAAACGCCACGGUCUGCGAUCCGUCCCAGGAGUAUGUCGUAAGUGAAGAAGAAGAAGACCCCGAAGUUGAGUUCCUGAAGUCUCUGACCACAAAACAAAAGCAGAAACUUCUGAGGAAACUGGAUCGCUUGGAGAAGAAAAACAAGAAGAAGAAAAAGCAGAAGAAGAAGAAGGGCAAAGGCAAGCACAAGAAGAAUCGAGAGAGCAGCAGCUCAGACAGCGAUUCUUCUGACAGCAGCAGCAGCAGCGGGCAUAGCUCUGCCUCCUGCCGCAAGCACAAAGCCAAGAAGACUCCGAGGAGGAGGGAACCCUCCAGCGACAGCAGAGCGGGCAGCCAGACCCACGCGGGGGAGGCGCCGUCCCGCCACGCCCGCUCACGGAGCAGAGACUGCGGGGAGAAGAGCAGACCCAACCCCAGAGGCAGGAGCCAGAGCCCAGACCAGAGGACUGAGCACCAAGGCAGGUGGAGCAGGGAGGACUCCGGCCUAGAAAAAAACAGGCACCGCAGAGCCGGAGUGGACCACGGGAGUGGGGAGGGAAGAAGGAAAGGGACGGGUAUGGAUGGAGAGAGAGAGCCAAGAGGAAAAGAGAGGAGUAGGAGUGGGGACAGAGAGAGGGGGAGAAGAGAGAAGAGCAGGGAUAGACCAAGCAGGAGAAGAGAGGGGAGUCAGAGCAGAGAGCGAGGGAAGGGAGAGAAAAGGAAGAGUAGAAGUUGGAGUAGGGAGAGGGGUAGGAAAGAGAAAAGUAGGAGCAGAGAUAGAGAGAGGAGAAGAGCGAAGAGCCGAAGUAGAGAUGGAGAGAAGGGGGAAAGGAGAAGGGAUAGAAGUAGGAGCAUUGAUAGACAGAGGGGGAGAAGAGAGAGGAGCAGGAUGGAGAAAAAGGCAUAAAAUCAGACAGAGCCCACAGAUAGGAGGGCAAGGGUUCGGAGGGAAAAGUGGCAGUUUGUGGAAACGCACUCUGGACCGUAAAAAGAUGGUUGGUGAUGAAUAAGGAUGGGACCCUGAACUGUGAAUUAAAAAAAUAAAAAUAGAAAUGUUGCCUGGGGGCUUUUGAACACUUUUGAACUUGAAAUCCUCCAAACUUUUCAAGACCUGGGAGAUUUUAAUUUUAAAACAUUAUGGCAUGUUUAUUUGAUUUUCUAGUAAAUAUCCAGUAUGUUCACAUAUUCAAUCAAGUUUUAAUUUGUAUUUGUUUUAUUAAAUUGCUGAGAGACUAAAAUGAACCCAUGACACAACACCGUGUAAAACUGGGUUUAGAUCCGAUUCAGAAAGCAAAUGUUGUAUUUUGACCAGCAGAGGGCAUCUGUACAUUUACAGUCGUUACCAACGGUGUCGCACCGUAUGAGCAUCACGGAUACGUUCUGGCAUUCACACAAACGUGUUGGGGUUCUCUAUUAGUUUAGUAAAAAUAUUUUUAAUGCGACUUGACAAUUAGGGAACCAUUUUUUGUGCCCGGUGACCUCUUCUGUCCGAUUUGGCUCUGUUGAUCGAGCUGUCCGCAGCUCGAUCAAAUCUUCCAGAUAGGCAUCUUAAUUGCAUACAAAUUCGAGCAAUGUAUGAAAUCCUUUUAUCUCAAAUAGAGUCGUUUUUGCGUAAUGGAAAAACGUUUGUAUUUUUGCAGUCCUGAGACAUGUAAUACGGGCAAGAAUGGCAAUGUCUGUAUAUUAUGAUCAGUUUGUGAAAAUUGGAUCAAUUUAUUUUAACUUGUACAAGACUUCAUUGUUAAGUGAAAACUGAUUAAACAUCGAAAAUGUGGUUGACAGUA